AUGGCUCUCUCAACGCAUUCUUGUAGAUGCAUAUAUCAAAGUUCAUCGCUCGCCGCGCUGAGCACCCCAAUGCUCUUCCUCUCGAUGAUAUUACCACGCUCCUCCUACGCCCAACUCAUCUCCUCAAAUACCGUUGCCACGACUCCCCGAUCAAGUAUCUCCUUCACUAGCUCUACACUAUCCACAACGACAGCUAGCUCCACGCUGAGCGAAAUCGUGCAGACACCGCGACCCUCUCCAUCCGCACAGCCAAACGCAAUUGGUAGCACGGGCUCGUACAACGAGGAUCCUGUGGACAAGCAGCACCAGAGUAUACUCAACUACUAUUUCGUCUUCCUCGUCCUUCUGGCCAUAAUUGUAGCCGUUGGUGUUUAUAUUCUGACAAAGAGGAGGAGACGGCAGAAGCUGGAGAAUCGCAACACGAGCACGAGCGUUCUCGCGAGGGAUCUUAAUGGCUGGUCGAAUUCGCGGCGCUGGAUCAAUGGCACGAGGGCGAUGCGAACUGGAAAUGCAGGCAGGACGAGCAGAGAAGACGGGCUGAAUGAGCAUGGAGAAGCACCACCUCCGUACGUGCCCAAGGUAGAAAUUCCGCCAGGCAGUGAGGGGAAUAGUUUUGCUAUGCCUUUACGGACCCUCACUGGGGAAGGUCGGACAGUGGCGAGGCCUCCGGAUUAUGCAGAGGCAUUGAGGACGCCAAAUGAGAGUAUCAUCGACCCGAGCAGGCCAAACACAGCGGCAACGCAUGGUGGCGAGUCGUCAAGAAGUAUUCUAGGGAGCGGAUGA